AUGGACCCGCCACCACACGUCUUCCCCGCCAGCGACUCGCCUAUCGGCAACAUCGCCUCCCUCGAAGACAAAGUCGCCCUCAUCACCGGCGCCUCGUCGGGGCUCGGCCGCGCCAUGGCCCUCGCAUACGCCGCUGCAGGCGCGUACGUCGUGUCUGCAGACCUAAAGCCCACGCCGCCGGUAGCCCCGACUAUCGCGGGAAGGCUCAAGGACACGGACUUGACGACGCCGACGGUCGACUUGGUCAACAGCAAGUGGCCUGCACCUUCCAAGGAAAGGGCCAGCUUCGUCCAGUGCGACGUCACGAACGAGGAGAGCGUCAAGGCCGCUGUUGCCUUUGCCGUCCAGAGGUACGGCAGGUUGGAUAUCAUGGUGAAUAAUGCUGGAAUCUCCGCCGAAACUGGCGCGAAAGAAUACUCCGGCGCGUUCCCCCGGAUCCACGAGACGCCCGUCGCGGCGCUCGACCUGACGUACCAAGUCAACAUCAAGGGCGUAUGGCUGGGGACAAAGUACGCCGUGACGCAGAUGCUCGCGCAGGAACCGCACCCGCGACACUCGCGGCCCGCCGGUGCGUUGGCCACCACGACGUCGGACGUGCACCGAGGCUGGAUCAUCAACAUCUCUAGCAUCAUGGGGAGCAUCGCGAUGCCCGGCACAUCGCCGUAUUGUGCGAGCAAAAGUGCGGUUUUGGGGCUUACGCGGGCGGUUGGGCUCGAGUACGCAAAGGACGGCAUCCACAUCAACGCCAUCCAGCCGGGCUUUGCCGACACGGCCCUGCUCGAGAACAUGUACUCCAAGAACGACCGCGACAGCAUGGACGCCACGAUGAAGAUGUUGCAUCCCUGGGGCCGCACAGGCAGGGCCGAGGACAUUGCCCGCGCUGCCGUCUUCCUCGCCGGUGAAGGCGCCAGCUGGAUGACCGGCGGGUCCAUCGUGGUGGAUGGUGGAUAUCUCGCUCAGUAA